AGAGUGCUUAAUCUCCGUUAAUCAGGUGUGUCGAUUGUGAAGUAUGGAGAUGUGGACUCCGCUCGAGUCGAACCCCGAGGUUCUGACGAGAUUAGCGCACAAGGUCGGGGUUCCGGAAGAGUGGGUUGUGAGUGAUGUGUUUUCUUUGGACCCGGAAUUACUAAGCAUGAUUCCGAAGCCCGUGGCGGCUUUAAUAUUGUUACUUCCGGCCGGGAUUCCUCGGCCUGACCUGACCGGGGAUUUGAUACUGCCGGAGAAGCAACCAAGGGUGUUUUUCAUGACACAAAGUGUGUAUAAUUCCUGUGGAACUAUAGCUUUGAUUCAUGCCGUGGCCAAUUCGGAUAUAGAUGUUCCACGGGAAUCCCCACUAGGAUCAAUUAUUCAUGGAACGCAAGAUAUGUCGCCGUUGGAACGUGGGGCGUCGCUGGAAGCGGUUGAGCAGCUAUCCGAGGCUCAUCGCGAAACAUCGCAAGAAGGUCAAACAGCAGCCCCCGACCCACAGGCUGGCUCCCUGCUUCACUUUGUCGCCUUUGUGCACCGCGAAGGUCGAUUAUACGAACUAGAUGGAAUGCGAUCUGGACUAGUGGAUCACGGCGAAUCUUCAAGUGUAAACUUUCUGAGCGAUGCUGCAGUCGUUUGUCGGCGUAUACUGGACGCAAAUCCUGACGAGAACCGGUUUUCAAUUCUUGCAAUCACGGGGCAAGAAGGUGGUGAAUCCGAGAAGAUUCAUGACUCUUGAGGAGAAAAAAAAAGAAACUCAUUUUGUGCUAUGCUGCGCUUGAAAUUUUGCUGUUGGGAUGAACUGGGAAUCGGAAUUGUGAGCGUAAAAAUUUUUUUUUUUCGCGAAAUGCGUGGUGUAAAAGUGUGGAUGAUCCAGUAAAUCUGAGGGAGCUAGGAAUGGCGAAACGAUACGCCAUUGGAAUCACUCUUCAGCGAAGUGUGGCGGAACUAAUGUGAACUUCGGAUUUUGUGCGGGACCAGAGCAUUAUCUUGUUUGGAACAUGCAUCCUUUCCACAGAGGAGAUGGAGCCGACAAUCAGCCAGCGUCUGCUAUCCUUUUGCAGAUUAUCGUUGAUGUAUUUUUUCGAACGCGUUUUUUGGUACAUCCUGCUGUGGCAAGCAAUGAAUUCAAAUGAUCAAAGCUAACGUUCCGCAUGGGCUUUUCCGAGGAAAAAUUCUUCGUGAACGUUCUUUUUUUCUUGGAAUUUUGUGACGUCACCGUUAAUCCUCAUCAGUUAUGGAAAGAUGCUUUUGGAUCGGUGCGGAAUAGCAUUGUUCGUGAGUUUCGAUUUUUGAGAUCACAACAAUAUAUUUCAUGCCAUAUUUGCGUCGGUUGGGCUUGUCAGACUGAAGACAACCGCAAACUUCUCACAUUUAUUUAAAUAAAAAAUCGUGCAUGCAUCCCAGUGUUGCAAUGAGAUACCAAAUGCAACUCCAGAGCUAUGCAAUGGGUGGUUCAGAAAAGAAGUACCUGUAUGCAGAAUUUUUAGGUCUGAAUGAUCUCGAGAGGUUAGAAAUAACUUCAUUUUGACCUUUUGAAGAGUGUCGAAUAAAAUAUAUUUCAAUUACCACAUUCACUUGAGUACAACAAGCCUUCAAGUAAGACUCGCAACUUGAUUUUUUGACGCAAAAUUCAGGCAAAAAUGUAUCCCUGCAUAAAAUGUGCACCCAAGUUUUUUUUUUGGCUGGAAAUUCAACUUCACUUUUACCAAAUAAUCAUUCAUAACAAAAUAUCCCUAUGAAUAAAUGGAAGAACAUACGCCAUUGAAACGGGAUUGUAGCCGAACAGGAUUUACUAUCCUUAAAUCACCCAUUACUAACUUUUGACUUAAACCAGUAUAGUUUCAUGAUUUUUUAAAGUAAAAAAUAUUGUACCAGCAUACCACGCAC